AUGCUUGUCAUUAACUUCCGCUCUGAUAAGGUCAACUCUUUACAGCUGAUGUCUUUUAGAAAAAAUACUGUUCUUGAUGUUGCCUUUACAUGGAAAGCUAGAUGCACAAUGGACUUCUCUCAAAAACUAAAACGAACGCUCAAGGUGGUUGUUGCAAUUAUAUGGACUAUUGUUCUCCCAGUAUUCUAUUCUGGCUUUCGAAGAAAAUAUACUUGCUAUUCCACACAAUAUGGGAGCUGGCUUGGAGAAUGGUGUUAUUCUUCCUAUAUGGUCGCAGUUGCAUUUUACUUGAUGACUAAUGCUGUCGACAUGGUACUGUUUCUUGUACCUGUUAUUGGCAGAUACAUUGAGACGUCAAAUUGGCGAAUAUGCUCUAUUCUGUCUUGGUGGACACAGAUAAAACCACUCAUAGCACCAACAAGAAAAAUCAUGAAAAUUGGGGUUAAGAAUUAUGACUGGCAUGAGCUUUUCCCCAAAGUCAGGAGUAAUGCUGGUGCAAUCGCGGCUAUUUGGGCUCCCAUAAUACUUGUGAGUAUCUCAAGAAGCACCAGAAUCAGUCCUUGUCUAUAUAUUUCAUGGACACACAAAUAUGGUACUCUGUUUACUGUUCAGUCUUUGGUGGAGUUUAUGGAAUUCUACACCAUCUUGAUUCGGACAUUAGGCAUGGUGAGAAGUACAUUCCAGUCAUUGCCCUCUGCAUUCAGUGCUUGCCUUAUCCCACCCUCAUCCAAAACUGAAAAGGACCAAAACAGAAAAUGGUAUCUCCACCAGAGGUUUCAGAAGGCGUCAGAAAAUGAGAAGAACAGUGUCGUGAAAUUUGUUCUCGUGUGGAACCAAAUUAUUUGUAGCUUCCGGGAAGAGGACUUGAUAAGCAACAGGUUGAAUACCUUUUUUCUAUUUUUUUCUUUGAACAUGCCAUACCUUAGUAGAAACCUAAUGGAAUUCUAUUUUAUUAAGAGCAGGGAGAUGGAUCUCAUGAAAAUACCUUCGUCACCAGAAUUAUUUUCUGGCCAGGUUCAUUGGCCUGUUUUCCUUCUGACAAAUAAGCUUGCGACGGCGUUGAACAUUGCAAGAGAUUUUGUGGGAAAGGAUGCCAGCCUUUGCAGAAUGAUUACACAAGAUACCCACAUGUACUUGGCUGUGACUGAGUGCUAUGAAUCAUUGAAAUAUAUCCUUGACAUACUUGUUGUGGGUGAUCUGGAGAGAAGGAUUAUUUCUGGCAUAUUCGGUGAGAUUGAGGAGAUCAUUGCAAGAUCAAGCCUUGUUGAGGAGUUAAAGAUGAGCGAACUACCUGCUCUGCAUGCUAGAUGUGUUGAAUUAGUUGACCUACUGGUUGAGGGAAAUGAAAGCAACCGUGAUAAAGUUGUGAAAGCACUCCAGGAUAUUUUUGAGCUUGUAACGAAUGAUAUGGUGCUAAAUGGUUCCAGAACAUUGGAUUCUCUUUACUCUCACCAACAAAUAGAGGAGGAUGCAACUGAGUUUUUCGGCGAGAUUGAACCCCAAUUAUUUGCAUCAAAGCAUUCUAUCCAUUUUCCGUUGCCAGAUAGUGGCCCCCUGGUUGACAAGGUGCUUCUGAUCAAGCGUUUUCUUUUGCUGCUUACUGUCAAAGAUACAGCAUUGGACAUACCUUCAAACUUGGAGGCUCAGAGGCGUAUUUCAUUUUUUACCACUUCUCUCUUUAUGGAUAUGCCCAGUGCUCCAAAAGUGCGCAACAUGUUGUCAUUCAGACUUUCUUUUGAUUACAGUGUUUUGACUCCACAUUUUAUGGAAGAAGUUAAAUUUUCAACAAAGGAGCUUCAUUCCAGCCAAGAAGGCGUUCCCAUUAGCUUCUAUAUGCAGAAGAUAUAUCCAGAUGAAUGGCAAAACUUUUUGGAAAGAAUGGAGGAUGAAAAACUAGAUGGAUCAAAUGAUGAAUUCAAGGAGGAAGAUCUUAGGAAUUGGGCUUCUUUCCGGGGGCAAACUUUAAGCAGAACAGUCCGAGGAAUGAUGUACUACAGGAAAGCCUUGAAAUUACAAGCGUUUCUUGAUAUGGCUGAAGAUGAUGAUAUUCUUCAAGGGUAUGAUGUCAUUGAAAGGAGGAAUGAUACAUUAUCAGCUCAACUCGACGCGUUGGCAGACAUGAAAUUUACUCAUGUCAUUUCUUGUCAGAUAUUUGGAUCACAAAAAUCAUCUGGAGACCCCCAGGCCCAAGACAUACUAGAUUUGAUGAUAAGGUACCCCUCUUUGCGUGUUGCUUAUGUUGAGGAGAAAGAAGAGAUUGUUGCAGAUAAGCCUGGGAAGGUUUAUUCAUCCAUUUUAGUUAAAGCCGUCAAUGGUUUUGACCAGGAGGUAUACCGCAUAAAGCUCCCAGGUCCACCAAAUAUUGGAGAAGGGAAACCUGAAAAUCAAAAUCAUGCCAUUAUAUUCACACGUGGUGAAGCUCUCCAAGCAAUUGAUAUGAACCAAGAUAAUUAUAUGGAGGAAGCUUUGAAAAUGAGAAAUAUCUUGCAAGAAUUUCUGAGGCAUCAAGGACGGCGACCUCCUACAAUUCUUGGUUUAAGAGAACAUGUAUUCACAGGAAGUGUUUCUUCUUUAGCAUGGUUCAUGUCGUAUCAAGAGACCAGUUUUGUCACCAUUGGUCAAAGACUUCUUGCAAAUCCACUCAGGGUCAGAUUUCAUUAUGGACAUCCAGAUUUAUUCGAUAGGGUAUUUCACUUAACAAGAGGUGGCAUAAGCAAAGCAUCAAAGACAAUUAACUUAAGUGAGGAUGUUUUUGCAGGAUUUAAUACUACACUACGACGGGGAUAUGUUACUUACCAUGAGUAUAUGCAAGUUGGCAAAGGUCGUGAUGUAGGCCUUAAUUCAAUUUCCAAGUUUGAAGCCAAAGUAGCAAAUGGAAACAGUGAGCAAACUCUAAGCCGUGACAUUUAUCGACUUGGUCGUCGGUUUGAUUUCUUCCGGAUGUUUUCUUGUUACUUCACAACCAUUGGAUUCUACUUUAAUAGCCUGAUAUCGGUGAUUGGAGUUUAUGUGUUCCUUUACGGGCAGCUUUACCUGGUUCUUAGUGGCUUAGAAAAAGCACUCGUUCUCGAGGCUAGAAUACAAAACAUACAGUCCUUGGAGACAGCUCUGGCCUCCCAGUCAUUUAUCCAGCUUGGACUCUUGACAGGCUUACCAAUGGUGAUGGAGAUUGGACUUGAAAGAGGAUUUCUUACUGCUCUUAAAGAUUUUGUUCUCAUGCAAUUUCAACUGGCUGCUGUUUUCUUCACGUUUUCCCUUGGAACAAAAUCUCACUAUUAUGGCCGAACAAUUCUUCAUGGGGGUGCCCAAUACAGGCCCACGGGACGUAAGGUUGUGGUGUUUCACGCCAGCUUCACCGAAAAUUACAGACUAUAUUCACGUAGUCAUUUUGUGAAAGGAUUUGAAAUACUACUCCUGUUGAUUGUUUAUGAUUUGUUUAGGCGUUCCUACCAAAGCAGCAUGGCGUAUGUCUUGAUAACAUAUGCUAUCUGGUUCAUGUCAUUGACUUGGUUGUUUGCACCAUUUCUCUUUAAUCCUUCUGGAUUCAACUGGGGCAAGAUAGUGGAUGACUGGAAAAAUUGGAACAAGUGGAUCAAGCAGCAGGGUGGUAUAGGAAUUCAACAAGAUAAGAGCUGGCGGUCUUGGUGGAACGAUGAGCAAGCCCAUCUUCGUCACUCAGGGCUGAGUUCUCGAUUAAUAGAGAUAAUUCUUUCUUUGCGAUUUUUCAUUUACCAGUAUGGUCUGGUGUAUCACCUUGAUAUAUCUGGGCAAAACAAGAAUUUUAUAGUUUACGUGCUCUCAUGGGUUGUCAUUGUGAUGAUCUUCCUGUUGGUCAAGGCAGUGAAUCUGGGAAGGCGAUAUCUCAGUGCAAAUUAUCACCUAGCGUUCAGGCUGUUUAAAGCAUUUCUUUUCUUGGGUGUUGUAGCUACAAUAAUAAUUUUAUCCAUUAUUUGUGAUCUAUCUUUGAGGGAUUUGAUAGUGUGCUGUCUGGGAUUUUUUCCAACCGGCUGGGGCUUGAUAUUGGUUGCACAAGCUAUGAGGCCUAAGAUUGAGGCUACUGGGUUGUGGCAUUUCACCCGAGUCUUUGCGCAAGCUUACGACUAUGGAAUGGGUGUUGCUCUCUUUGCACCCAUUGCUUCUUUGGCAUGGCUCCCAAUCAUUUCAGCAUUCCAGACUCGUUUUCUUUUCAACGAGGCUUUCAGUAGGAGACUGCAAAUUCAACCAAUUCUUGCAGGAAAAAAGAAGAGAAAUUCAUAA